AUGGAAGAAAUGAUCAAAUUGAAUGAAACCACAGGGAGCCAGGUGACUGAUUUCAUUUUGAUGGGCCUCACAAACCGUCCUGAGCUGCAGGGCCCCCUCUUUGUUAUGUUUUUCCUCAACUAUGUGGCCAUAGUUGUGGGGAACCUGGGACUGAUCAUCCUGACCAGUGUUGAUUCAUAUCUCAAAAACCCCAUGUACUUUUUCCUGAAACAUUUGGCAUUUGUUGACCUUGGCUAUUCCACAGCUAUUGGGCCAAAAAUGCUAGUUGGAUUCAUAGAGGAGAAAAAUAUCAUUUCCAAUAAUGGAUGUGCAAUACAGCUAAUUUUCUUUGAUAUAUUCAUUGCCAGUGAACUUUUUAUCCUUUCAGCCAUGGCCUAUGACCGCUAUGUGGCUAUCUGUAAGCCCCUCUACUACAUAGACAUCAUGUCAGACAUGGUAUGUUGGAUCUUGGUGGCUAUCUCAUAUCUCUACAGCAUUGUGGUAUCCCUUCUGAUCACAAUAAAGCUUUUUAAAUUAUCUUUCUGUAAAUCAAAUGUAAUAAGACACUUUUACUGUGAUAGUCUCCCCCUAUUGCCCAUUAUAUGCUCAGACACAAGUGAGAUUGAACUAAUCAUUAUGAUCUUUGCUGCAUUUAAUUUGGUUUCUUCCCUCCAGAUUAUCCUUAUUUCCUACAUGUUCAUUCUUGUGACCAUACUUAGGAUGAACUCUUCUGAGGGCAGGCACAAAGCCUUCUCCAUGUGUGGCUCUCACCUCACAGGGGUGGUUAUAUUCUAUGGGACACUUCUCUUUAUAUACCUGCAGCCCCAGUCUAGUCACUUCUUUGACACAGACAAGAUGGCCUCUGUGUUUUACACUCUGGUUAUUCCCAUGAUCAACCCUUUGAUCUACAGCUUGAGGAACAAAGAGGUGAAAGGUGCCUUGAGGAGACUCAUUAAAAAAAUCAUGUAA